AUGCAAUCGAAUGAAGAAUUCGUGAAAUUUCUAGGCGAAGGUUCUUACGGCUAUGUCCAUCUCGUCAAAUACACGAACCCCGACGGCUCCUCUUUUCACGCCGCCGUGAAAAACUCUUACACCGACGACGACGACUUCGACAAUCUUCAGAGAGAGUUACGGAUCCUACUCCAACUCAGAGGAAAUCAGAGAAUCAUCGAAUGCUUUGGAGACAAACUGGAACAAGGUCUCAGCUCUUACGGGAACACAGUCCGCAAAUUGCUUCUCGAGUACGCACCUGAAGGCAGUUUAAACGCUUUCAUGGAGAAUUUCGCCGGCAGAGAGCUUCCUGAAGCGAUGAUUAGAGACUUCACUCGCAUGAUUCUCGAAGGUUUGGUCUCGAUUCACCAUCACGGCUAUGUUCACUGCGAUCUCAAAUCGGACAAUCUCCUUGUGUUCCCGUCGAGAAAUUCAUCGUACGAGCUGAAGAUUUCUGAUUUCGGAAACUGCCUAAGCGUCGGAGAAGUUCCUGAUUACUGGGGAAUUGAUUCUCCGUUCGUGGGGACUCCAAUUUACAUGCCACCGGAGUCUCUCCGUGACGGCGUCGCCAGGAAAACCCUAGAUCUGUGGUCGGUGGGAUGCUUAGUCCUGGAGAUGUACACAGGUGUGGUUCCAUGGGAAGGUGUUAAACUCAGUGAUCUCAAGGCUCGUCUCCUUGAUGGUGAAGCUCCAGAGAUUCCUGAUUGUGUGCCUUGCGAUGCACGGAAUUUCAUUGAAACGUGUUUCUCUAGCACACCUGAGGAAAGAGGAAGUGCGUGUGAGUUGUUGUUUCAUCGGUUCUUGCGUCGUCUAGAAGAAGAAGAGCAGACUGUCGCUGAAGAGAGGCGAAAUUCGAUUCUAUUGAAGUUAAAGCUGAGAAUCAGACGAGCUUCCAAGAAUGUUACAGAGAAGAAGGAGAAGCCUCUGAAACUGAUGUUUCUUCCAUCAAAACCUCCACAGUUGAAGAGCACUCUGAACAGAUUCUUGAGGUUGAAAAUUAUGCCUAUGAAGCGCUCUGGUUCCAAUUUAGUUUCGGUUCAGUAA